AUGGCCCCGGCACAAGGCAAGCACGUACACGACUUAGAGCGUAUUUCGGCUGUGAGCGUGAGCAUUUCCAAAGACCCCGACCAAAGCGGAUAUGCAAGCGCGAAGACCCCGGAUGGGCUCGGCCAAGACCUCGAGGAUGGCGCGUUACGUCCUGGUGGUAUGCCUGUGCUGUUGAGUCGGGACACCAUCGGCCUGCUGUUCCAGUACGCGGCCGUCGGUGUCGUCUACGGCAUGCUCCCCGAGACCAUCUACCCGUUCAUGCAGGAGUACCUCAACUGCAGCGGUGCUCAAGUUGCUGCGGCCAAGGAGCUUGUGGUUCUCCCGUGGAGCUUCAAGGUGUUCUUUGGCAUCAUCUCCUACUGUUUCCCGAUCUACGGCUACCGUCGUCGGCCGUACAUGUUGAUCGGAUGGACCGUGUGUAUUAUCAUGCUGCUGGUUAUGGCCAUCAUGCCGAUCGACCGCGACAUCGACACUGCAGACUACACGCCGGAAAUCGAGGCUCGCAUAAACUUCAACGCCCCCAGCGAAGGUGCCAAGUACGUGGUCAUCAUGUUCUUCGCCGCCGUUGGAUACGUUUUCUCCGAUGUUUGCUCGGACAGUAUCCUCCUUGUCGGUUUCUGCUUCAACGGCGAAGAGUACGGCGGUGACUUUGACUUCUCGCUCAGCUUCCCGCAGCUCAUGAUCAUCAUGACGGUGCUUACGGUUCCUGCCGUCCCCAUCAUGUGGUUCUUCAUCAAGGAAGAGAAGGCUCAGCGCAAGGAUUUCCGCAAGUACAUCAACGAGUUCUGGGAUCUGCUGUGCAAGCGCGUCGUGUACCAAGUCAUCGCCUACCACUUCUUCGCCGGCAUCUUCUCGAGCAUCUCGUACACUGCCAGCUCCCCCGUGCAGUCGUAUCUGGUGGGCGUCACGCCUAUCAACAGCACGCUGAACGACGUUCUGAGCCACGUCUGCUUCAUGACCGGCAUCAUGGUGACGUCCAAGUACGGACUGCACUGGAACUGGCGAGGCAUGAUCGUCUGGACGGGGGUUCUGGUCAUCGUCGUGGACGCCACCGUCGCGCUUCUCACGGUCUGGGACGUCUUUCGCAACCAGUGGUUCUGGCUCGGCCCUCCGAUCGCGGUCCAGAUCCCGAGCGGAGUCGCGUGGAUUAUCGCGCUGUUCGUGACGGUCGAGAUCGCUGGCGUGGGCAACGAAGGCGCAGUGUACGGCCUCAUCACGACCGUCGGCAACCUGUCGUCUCCGUUCGCGACGACGCUGACGCUGCUCAUCGACGGCCCGUUCAACAUCACGAACGCGCGCGUGCAAAGCGACGACCACUCGGUGCGCAUGGACAUCACGUACACGAUGAUCAUCUCGUACGCCAUGGCCAUCUUCUCGUGGGUCUUCCUCUUCCUGCUGCCCAAGCAGAAGCAAGACACGCAGGAGCUCGCGCGCACGGGCGGCUUCAACAGGCUGCUGGGCGGACUCACCAUCGCCUACCUCUCCUUCUCGCUCGUCUGGUCCCUCACCGUUAACACGCUGGCCAUCUUCGGCAGCACCUCGUGUCUGCUCAUUGCAGCGGCACCGGCUGCUAAGUACUUCAUGUCGGGCACGCGCGUAUACGUCGGGAACCUGCCCAUGGACAUCCGCACGCGCGAGGUGGAGGACAUCUUCUACAAGUAUGGCCGCAUCCGCGACAUCGACGUCAAGUUCCCGUCGCGCCCGCCGGCCUUCGCCUUCGUGGACUUCGAGGACCCGCGCGACGCCGAGGACGCCAUCCGCGGCCGCGACGGCUACGACUACGACGGCGCGCGCCUGCGCGUGGAGCCCGCGAACGGCGGGCGCCGUGAAUCGGCACCGCGCGGCUCGGGGCGCUACCCGCGCAACAUCCGCGGCACGGGCGACUACACGGUGGAGAUCUCGAACCUGCCGCCGCGCGUGUCGUGGCAGGACCUCAAGGACUUUAUGCGCAAGGCCGGCGACGUGGUGUUCACGGAGGUGGACGGGCGCGGCGGCGGCAUCGUCGAGUACAGCAACAAGCGCGACAUGAAGUACGCCGUGGAGAAGCUGGACGACUCGGAGUUCCGCGGCCGCAGCGAGAACUCGUACGUGCGCGUGCGCCUGGCCGGCCGCGGCCGCAGCAACAGCAGGAGCAACAGCCGCAGCAGCGCGCGCCGCUCCAGCAAGAAGCGCAGCCGCAGCCGCAGCGAAGGAGAGGGCGACGGAGAGAAGAAGGCCAGGCGCAGCGCGUCGGCGGACAAGGAGCCGGAGAAGGAGAAGGACGCGGACGACAAGAAUGCGGCGGACGACCAGAAGGAUGGUAAGGCGCAGGAGGCGGACGCGGCCAGUGCCAGCGACAAGAAGGACGACGUCAAGGACGAGCCCAAGAAGGAGGAGGAGCAGCAGCCGGUCGAGAAGGAGCCGGAGCAGAAGGAGGACGAGUCCAAGAAGGAGGAGCAGGUCGAGGCGGAGAAGGAGGCUGAGGCUGAAGCGCCUAAGGAUGAGGCACCCAAGGAGGCGGCGCCCAAGGAGGAGUAG